UGUUAGAAGUGAUUGGUCCGGCGAGGGAGUAGGAGGGUCCCCGGGGUCGCCAUAUUUGCUGGCCGUGCGAUCGUUCUGUCGUCGCCGUGAGAGCUGAGCUGUCGUCCGCCCAGCUGAGACGUGUUAACGCGCGCGCGAGACAGGGCUCUCCUCGGCUCUAUCUAGUCGCGAUAUUGGAGGACGGGACCGCCGCGGGGCCAAUUACGAAAUCGAUAGACAGUCGGAGGGAACCGGAUCGGAACCGGCAGGCACGUCGCGUAUAUAUUUUUCUUUCUCGGUUUCGGUCUCGUUCACGCCAGUUCCCGCGGUCGGGUGUGCGCGCGUGUGUGUGCGUGCGUGACACGUUGUUCGACGGUGUCCGUCGAACCCGGAGGAACAGUCUCUAGGAGUGAUAAUAAGCACGGUCGUUGGACCGUAAGGUGCCGUGAGCUUGGAAAAAGUCGCGUGUGUGUGACAGCAGCGACGACAGUAUGGCGGGACAGACGAUAAACGACAGGUUGCUGGCAGCCAGACACAGCAUCGCCGGGCAGGGCCUCGCGAAAUCUGUCUGCAAAGCCACCACCGAGGAGCUCAUAGGCCCCAAGAAAAAGCAUCUCGACUAUUUAAUCCACUGCACGAACGAGCCGAAUGUGUCGAUACCGCAGCUAGCGAACCUGCUGAUAGAACGGUCGCAGAGCACAAAUUGGACGGUGGUUUUCAAAGCUCUGAUCACGGUGCACCACAUGCUCUGUUACGGGAACGAGAGGUUUACACAGUAUCUGGCGUCCAGCAACAGCACGUUUCAGCUGAAUAGUUUUUUUGAUAAAGGCGGCGUGCUAGUGGCCACAACAGCAGCUCGCAUCGGUUAUGACAUGUCACCGUUCAUCAGGCGAUACGCAAAGUAUCUCAACGAGAAGGCGCUUUCCUACAGGACUGUGGCGUUCGACUUUUGCAAAGUCAAGAGAGGAAAGGAGGACGGCACUCUGCGCACAAUGAACGCCGAGAAAUUGUUGAAAACUCUGCCAGUGUUGCAGUCACAGCUGGACGUGCUGCUCGAGUUCGAUUGCACUUCCAACGAUCUCACAAACGGCGUCAUAAACAUGGCGUUCAUGCUUCUCUUUCGGGAUUUGAUCCGUCUGUUCGCCUGCUACAACGACGGCAUUAUCAAUUUGUUAGAAAAGUACUUCGAUAUGAACAAGAAACAGUGCAGGGAGGCCCUGGACUUGUACAAAAAGUUUCUCAUACGAAUGGAUCGGGUUGGGGAAUUCCUCAAGGUUGCCGAGAACGUCGGCAUCGAUAAGGGAGACAUACCUGAUCUGACAAAGGCCCCCAGUAGUUUAUUGGACGCGUUGGAGCAGCAUCUUGCCUCGUUGGAAGGAAAGAAGGGCUCCGCAGCGAAUACUCCCACGCAAUCCGCAAGUACUGCGUUUGGAACAGCAGCCAGUAAUAACCGCCUCGACCAUCCCGAAAACGGACACAUCGACGAAGUGAUGCGGCAACGGGCCCUCGCGGAAGAGGAGGCCGCCAUGAACCAGUACAAGGCAAAAGUGCAAUCUCCGUCGACAGGGCCGAGCACAAAUCCAUUCCUCAGUUCUCCAACGAACAAUGCGGAUCAACCGAUCGUGGAUUUGUUCGGAGCGCCAUCAGCGACAGCUGACAACCAGUCGCAGAGAGCGUCCGAUGACCUGCUUCAGCUGGCGGGCAAUCCCUUCGCGGACAUGUUUGGCGGCUCGCAGCCUGCACCUGCUCAAACCGCACAAGCGCAGAACAACAUGUGGAUGACUAACGGUAACGGUAAAUACAAGUAUUACCUAAACGUUUGA